UGAUUCAACUUCUCAUAACAAAACAAUACCCCAUCAUCUUUAUCUAUACCACUCCUCUGUUUCUCCGUUUUUAUGAAAUAUCAAAGCUUAUCUUAUCACGCAACCGUCAUUGGGAAGCGUUCCCAUUAUCAUUCCUUUAUUUAUUUUCUUUGUUCUUCUUUUUUUCAGAUUUAGAGUUUCUGGACUCCAAAUACCAAUCUCCCUCACAGUCUCUGUUCUACCCAGAUAAACAAUUCGAAGCACUUCUUCGUGAAUAUUCCAUGGAUUCAACGGCUCAACGUCGCCUGAAAGCAAUUCAGGAUCACCUUCAAUCCACGUCUGGGCAAUCAGAGUCGCAGUUAUCUCGGAACGCCACCGCCGGGGAGUUCGGCCUUGCGCAGGGGUACAGUGUGGUUCUUCCUGAAAAAUUGCAAUCAGGAAAGUGGAAUGUAUACAGGUCGGCACGCUCUCCAUUUAAGCUUGUGAGUCGAUUUGAUGAUCGUCCUGAAGUUGGAACUUUGCACGAUAACUUUGAGUAUGCAGUUGAGAAUUUCCGAGAUCGCAAGUAUUUGGGUACCCGAAUCCGGGUGGAUGGAACAGUUGGAGAGUACAAAUGGAUGACAUUUGGAGAAGCAGGUACUGCUCGGUCAGCAAUAGGUUCUGGUCUAAUAUAUCAUGGGAUACCUAAGGGAUCAUGCAUUGGACUAUACUUUAUAAACAGACCAGAGUGGCUUAUUGUUGAUCAUGCUUGCUCAGCAUAUUCAUACAUCUCAGUUCCUUUAUAUGAUACCCUAGGUCCAGAUGCUGUUAAAUUUAUUGCAAAUCAUGCUCUUAUACAAGCUAUUUUUUGCGUCCCACAGACAUUGAACAUUUUGCUGAGCUUCUUGUCUGAGAUUCCAUCAGUAUGUCUGAUAGUGGUAGUUGGAGGAAUAGAUGGGAACAUGCCAUCGCUUCCCUCAACAACUGGAGUUGAAGUUAUAUCGUAUUCAAAACUACUUACGCAGGGCCGCAGUAAUCUUCAGCCUUUUUCUCGUCCAAAACCUGAGGAUAUUGCAACCAUCUGCUAUACGAGUGGAACAACUGGGACACCAAAGGGGGCUAUGUUAAGUCAUGGGAAUUUCAUAGCAAAUGUUGCUGGUGCCAUUCUUGGUAUCGAAUUCAACACUACAGACGUUUACAUCUCCUAUCUUCCUUUGGCACACAUUUUUGAGCGAGCUAACCAAGUUAUGAUUGUAUACUGUGGAGUUGCUGUUGGUUUUUACCAAGGGGAUAAUUUGAAACUCAUAGAUGAUAUGGCGGCUCUGAGACCGACAGUUUUCUGUAGCGUUCCUCGACUGUACAACAGAAUUUAUUCUGGCAUUAUAAAUGCUGUGAAGGCUUCCGGUUCUCUAAGAGAAAGGCUAUUUAAUGCUGCUUACAAUUCCAAGAAGCAAGCGAUAGCAAGUGGAAGGAUUCCAUCACCCAUAUGGGACAGAUUGGUAUUCAAUAAAAUAAAGGUGAAAUUAGGAGGACGAGUCCGGCUUCUCGUUUCUGGUGCCUCACCAUUGUCCCCUGAUGUCAUGGACUUUUUGAGGGUAUGCUUUGGCUGUCGAGUAUCUGAAGGAUAUGGGAUGACUGAGAGUUCUUGUACUAUAUCUUUUAUGGAGGAGGGUGACAUCUUAUCUGGUCAUGUUGGCGCACCUAACCCAGCUUGUGAAGUAAAGCUCGUAGAUGUUCCAGAGAUGAACUAUACUUCUGAGGAUCAGCCCUAUCCUCGCGGUGAGAUCUGUAUCAGGGGUCCCAUUGUUUUCCAAGGAUACUAUAAAGACGAAGUGCAGACGAAAGAAAUAAUUGAUGAGGAUUAUUGGCUGCAUACUGGAGAUAUAGGGUUGUGGUUACCUGGGGGGCGCCUGAAGAUCAUUGAUAGGAAAAAGAAUAUUUUUAAGUUGGCUCAAGGUGAGUAUAUAGCACCAGAGAAGAUUGAGAACGUAUAUGCCAAGUGCAAAUUUGUUGCCCAGUGUUUUGUAUAUGGUGAUAGUUUGAACUCCUCCUUAGUAGCGAUUAUUUCAGUGGAGCCAGAUAUUUUGAAGGCUUGGGCUACUUCUGCUAACAUAAAGUAUGAUGAUUUGGGACAGCUGUGCAAUGAUCCAAGAGCAAGAGCAGCUGUCCUUGCUGACUUGGAUGCUCUAGGGAGGGAAGCUCAGUUGAGAGGUUUUGAAUUUGUAAAAUCAGUCACUUUAGCGCCAGAACCAUUCUCCGUGGAGAAUGGUCUUCUCACUCCAACAUUGAAGAUAAAGAGACCUCAAGCGAAGGCUUACUUUGCCAAAGCAAUAUCUGACAUGUAUGCCGAGCUUUCUGCAUCCGACCCUACACCUACGAAAAUAUUGUAAACUGAAGAUUGUCGUGAAUGGUGGAAUAAAGAAUAAAAGUCGAGCUUUCCAGUACAGGUUAAGGAAGAAACUCGGCCACAACUAUGAAGGCAACUCAGGCCUCUUCUUAUGCUGCAUGACAAGUCAAUGGGGGCAAUCUGAACUGUUGAACAGGAGGAGGACACACUGUAUAGGUUGAGUGUCGAAAUUCGUGUUUUAACUCAAUUGGAUAGCCCACCAUGUUUUUCAGAAUUUCCAUCAUUUUUAACAUUAUUAUAGAACAUCCAAUAAUUUAUGGUUUCUAAUUACUUGAUUUUGACA